AUGAACGCAUUACGCUAUCUUGUUUCAGAAGUUGGUGCAGCCUUCAAAAAUGGUCCAAUGAUCAAAAUCAAUCUGAAUAGAUUAACCGACAGGUUGGGGACCCUUGAGGAAUAUAUACAGAUAGGCUUCAAAACGAAGUCUAAAAAGGGCAUUCUUAUGCAAAUGCGUGGGGAAGGCGAUGAAAACUACAUAAUCCUCAAGAUCAACAACAAUGGUGGCAUCACAAUCGAAUUCGACGUCGGUUUCAAACGCUUUGAGGUUACGACCAAUUAUGAUAUUGAUCUGACCAACGAUCAACACCACAUCGUGUACGCCUGGCGGACUGAUAUGGGUACAAAAUGGCAUCUUCAGGUAAGUUAA